GACCCUGUACCCCUACUGCCAACGAAUUUGCCUUUGCCUUUGCCUUUGCUUGUGCCUUGUGCUAACGGCAAUUCACGCACGACUAACAAGCGACUGCAGCAAAACUUUGAUUGAGUGCCAAAAGGAACUGUUUGUUGGGUGAGAGGUGCUAAAAACUGAAACCAAUUUAAAAAGUUGGCCUAAGCAUAUGGCGAGAGACGGAGACACAGGAGGGAGAGAGAGAGUGAGAGAGAUAGCGCUGGUUAGAAAUGCAAACAGCUACAACACAAAAGCAAGCGACGACAACGCAGUCAAUGCUAACAGCACAACACAACAUCCAACAACGACAGCAACAACACUCGAACACUUCACAUAGCGAGAAUGAACUUUGGUGCGUUGGCCAGAAGUCUGAGCCACAGUCUACGACUUAGCCUGGGCUCCAAGAAGCAGACCAGCAAUACGCCCACAGAGAACGAAGACACACGCGUGUCGACGCCAAUAGCGAGCGACGACAGCGAGCAACCGCAGAGAGAGCAUCUCAGUCAGGCCGUAGCCCAGCUCACUGAUAGACGAGAGCCGUAUAGGCAAACGGUAGAGCUAAUACUCGAUAAGGUGAGCGAGUUGGAGCACACGAUCUAUGAGGAUCAGCAGCAGGAGUUCAAGCUGCGCAUGGCCUUGGAGCGUCAAACGGAGCGCAUACACGAGCUCAACUUCUCGCUGGACACCGAAAAGCAACGCAAUGAGCGACUCGUGCAGCUGCUGCGCGGCGUCGACACCGAUUCCUGCAGCGAAAGUGAGUCGGAAUCGCGACUGCUAAGAAGCAUGCGACUUGGCUCCAAGAGCGAACUCUAUGACUCCAUUAGUCCAAUGCUGAUGCAACAGCGCUAUGAUGAACUGAAGUCGUCGCAUCGACAAGCCCAUCGGCAGCUGGCCAAGAAGGAUAAAGUCAUAAAGAUGCUCAGGUGCGAUUUGGAGGUGUUGCGUGGCAAAUAUGAUUCCAUUUGUAGCGACUAUCGCAACGAGCAUCGACGCUUGAAUGAUCUCUACACACGUUACUUGGACCUGCGGCAGAAGAAGAAGCAGCAGGUUUUCAUGCUCAAGGAGACUUUAGGCUUUGCCAGCGAAUGCAUUAUGUAUGCUCAACAGACCAUUGAUGGCUGCUCCAGAGGAUGUCGCAUAGAUCCGCAGGACUUGCAUAAUUUCAAUCAAAAUUUUGAGUUCUUUAUGCAUUCGCUGCGCAACUGUUGCUGUCAGCGGCGAUUGCUGGAGCUGCAGCAGCAGGAGGAGGAGAUGCAGCAGCAGGAGCUGGAGUUUCCAAGUAGCCAAGAGUCCAAUGCCACCAACAGCACAUCGCAAGUGGAAGUGGCAAAGCAAAAGCGUCGAAGCCAUCGAAAGCGUCAAAAGCCUUGAAAAUGGUUAGAAAUU